GUUUCAAGCCGGUAGUAGUGACUGCUGCGAGCAGUAGAUAAACGUCAGCACAGUUUCGAAGCUUGGACAAGGUAGAAGCGAAGGAUGGUGCGGGUUGUGUUCCUCCAUCCCGACCUGGGUAUCGGGGGAGCAGAGCGACUGGUGGUGGAUGCAGCUGUCGCCCUGAAGACUAAAGGAUGUAGAGUUCAGAUCUGGACGGCCCAUUAUGAUCCAACACACUGCUUCUCUGAAACCCUGGACCGGGACCUGCCUGUGGUGUGUGUGGGUGACUGGCUUCCCACCAGUGUGUUUGGUUACCUCCAUGCCCUAUGUGCCUACCUGAGGAUGAUCUAUGUAGCCUUCUACCUGGUCUUCCUCAGUGGGGUGGAGUAUGAUGUCAUCUUCUGUGAUCAGGUGUCGGUGUGCAUCCCAGUGUUGAGACUUUCCCGUCACAGGAAGAAGGUUUUGUUUUACUGUCACUUCCCCGACCUGCUGCUGACCCCGAGGAGGUCAUUUCUAAAGAAGCUUUACCGGGCUCCCAUCGACUGGCUGGAGGAACGCACCACGGGAAUGGCUGACAUGAUUCUGGUAAACAGCAAGUUCACUGCAGGCAUCUUCAGAGAGACCUUUCGUAGUCUGAGCAACGUCCAGCCAGACAUCCUCUAUCCUUCCCUCAACACACGUACCUUUGACCUGCCCUCCGAUGAAGUACAGGGCCUGGAGGGGCUGUUCCCCGCGGCCACCACCUGCCUGUUCCUCUCUCUGAACAGAUACGAGAGAAAGAAGAAUCUAGGCCUGGCUCUGGAGGCUCUGGCCUUCCUGUGGAGCAGCCUCGCUCCAAGCCAGAGAGCAACCGUUCACCUGGUGGUCGCGGGCGGCUACGAUGAGCGAGUUACUGAGAAUGUUCAACAUUACACUGAGCUGAAAGAGCUGGCAGAGCAGCUCCACUUAAAGGACUGUGUCACUUUCCUGCGUUCCCCCUCUGAUUCCCUGAAGGUGGCACUGCUCCGGGGCAGCGCCGCCGUGCUCUACACGCCGAGCAGAGAGCAUUUUGGGAUCGUGCCCGUGGAGGCCAUGUACUGCUGCUGCCCUGUUAUCGCCGUGAACUCUGGGGGUCCCCUGGAGAGUGUGGCAGACGGGGAGACGGGCUUCUUGUGCGAGCCCACCGCCGAAGCCUUCUCUCAGGCCAUGGAGAAGCUCGUCAGGGAGCCGCAGCUCCGCAGGGCCAUGGGACAAGCUGGGAGGAGGAGGGUGCAAGAUAAGUUCUCUCUGCAGGCCUUCUCUGACCAGCUGUAUGGGUACAUUCUCAGGCUGAGCCAGGGAGGUGAAGGUCGGAGGAGACGCAGGAGAGAACCAGCGCUAUAGUGCACCUCGGACCACAGGAGUCGUCUGAGUUGAAACGGAUGUUUUCUAACAGAGAAUGUAUGUGUAUAUGUGCAGGGAGGUGAGGGGGUAUUAGAGGACAAUUAAUCAGCAUUCCCUUGGAGGGGUUGCUGCGAGGGAAAGAAGGAUGGAAUCUCUAUACUAAUUAAGAAAAGAGUAACAAGGUUUACCAACCGUAUCUCUGGAAAAAUACCACCCCUGAAAGUGUGUUUACGUGUGUGUGUGUGUGAGUAUAACUGUGUAUGUGUAGCCGCGUGGCAACCAAGAGCCUAGCAAAUGAGUGUACCAAGAGGAUUGAUUGUUAGACUGAAAUGUUUUUGCACUGUGUAUGUUGUUUCUUGCCUUUCUACAGUAGCCUUUGUCUUUGUGUGUUUGGGGGAUGCUGAUGAAGAAGAGGAAUGCAGUUACAGCAAUGUGCCAUCAGGCAGCACACAGUCCCAGAUCGAUAAACAGGAUGCUUUCCGCUACUUCCUGUCCACCCAGAGCCUAGUUCCCCUCUUGCAUUCACUAGAUGCUGGCCUGUCCAUGACUCCUGCUGCAGUGUGGAUGUUAUUAGAAAAUGACAGAGUGUGUCUGGCUUUAUUAGAGGUCUGGCUGAUGGGCGGUGUGCCUGUGUCUGGGUCAUUAUCAACAAGGAGAAUAGCAGAAGGUCAUUGUGUCUGCGCGCUGGCCUCCUCAGCCCUCCUACUGUAUAGAAAUGCUCUUAUUGACAUUCCUGAAGUCUUAAUAAACAAGAGGACAAAUAGUUUUGUGACUUUUAUGGGCUUUGCUUUGUUGGUAAGUUUUUUUGGCCUUCAAUAGAGUUUGCUAAGGAUUUUGCGGUCGAGCAUAGAGACAGAAACAUUGUUAAUGCAGCGCACAGAUUCAUUUGUUCCUCUGGCUGUUCAAUGAAACAUUCUCAAAGUAGCAGUGAAGGAUUUAAAAAAUUUUAUUUGGCUCAUGAACAAAGUUGAUGCGGCAGAUGCACAUAUCUCAAGUUUUUGUCUCCAUCCUUUGCUGCAUUAUCAUUUGCAGAGUUUGAGUUGUGUCCACAUGCGCCUCAUUCUUGGUCUUAAAGGGAAUCUAAAAAAGUAAAAAUAAUUAAAUUAGGAUGCACCCAAUGAUUAUUUUCAUGAAAUACAGAAAAUUCUCAGAUUUGAAAAACUGGAACUGUCAAAUGUCCGUUUAUUUUUAAUUGAAAAAAUACAGUGAUGAUUAAUCAGUUAACCAAAGAGUUACACCGUUAUAACAUUUGAUUUAGUUUUUUUUUAAGUCUUUUAAUCAUUGCAGCUCUUCAAAGAAUUCCAGUUUGACUGGUUGCAAAAGUAAUAUUUCCACGUCACUGAACUCACCUGGUUGCACACAGCGUGGCCGUACCGGAGGAAUGUGGCGAAAUGCUCACUGUUGAAGUUCAUCAGGUCGUAUUUGAACUCCUGCAGCAGAAAAGUGUCAGAGCGAUGCCUCAUCAUCUCCUGUGUUGACGGAACCAGGUUGUGUUUGUUGUUGUUGACGCUGAUUCGAGUUCCUGGAGGCAGUUUGAUAUCUGCAACGCGCUGCGUGCAGACUCUGGUCUUCUUCAGAACACGGUCAGCGCUCGACUUUGAAACCAUCUGCUGAAGGAAGCUGCGGCAGGCUUUUUGUGUCAUGUUCUCGUCUUGAAGGGAAAAAUGAAAAGGAGGACCGUCGGUUUAUAAACCUGGUGUUUUUAAGUUGGCAGAAUACCAUUUAAAAAAAAAGUUAAUUUAAUUGGAGUGAAUGGCAUAGAAAAUAUCUACUGAAGAAAUAACAGUUUAAAAACAAUGUCACAUUUGAAUUUCUUACCUCCCACUCCAAAAUGGAUAACCCAGCCUUCACCAACGUAAACCCCCCAAAGAGACAAACCCAGCAGUGGGUUCACAAACUCAAUCAAGUCCCCGAAAUCGGCCGUGGACACACUCUGAUCCACCUGAAGAGAAACAGGCUGACGUCAGAGCAGUUCACUGUUUUUUAGGCACUUUUUAUUUAUUUUUUACGUGUUGGAUUCAAAUGAGAAUAAAAUGCUACUAAUGAUGACAAUCAGGAAAAUGAAAUAAAUCUCUUUAUUUUAGUGUCUUUUGAAGAACUCUCUGACGGGGACAAUAUUCAGCAAACAAUGCAAAGCUGCAUAAUUAAUAUAGGUCUUAUAAUAGAUAGACUCAGUAUGUAAUAAAGGUAUAUUCUUGCAUAUAUAAUAUCAUGUUUGUAAUAACAUAAUUACACAUAAAUAAACACAUUUCAGGAAUGUAGGGAGGUACCACUGGACUAAUAAUAUAAAUUAGACUAGAUGUAUUAAUUAACACUCACCUGUCGCCAUGUCUUUUUGGAAAACAUGUUCCAGUUUCCCAGCGCAUCUAUUGUUUCUGUCUGCCGAAGUCAAAAGACCAAACUGACUCAAGUGCAUUUUCAGAUUGUGAGGACACUGUGGCCAGGUUGUGUAAUGAUUAAAAUGCCUUUAUUAGUCACU